AUGAGCAAGGAAACAAAAUACUAUUCCAAGGAUUUUGACUGGGACCAACUCAGGCAAGAGAUCGAGAAUGACCCAUCUCUAGAAUAUCAUUUCCUUGCUUUUGACAAUCAGAAUGGUAUCCCUUGUUCAUCACCAUUCUGGCAAGAAGAUUCAGAAGCAUGGAGCCAGUUUCACACUCGUCACUGCACUGGCAAAUUCUUCAAGGAGAGACGGUAUUUGUUGAAAGAAUUUCCAGAACUAGCUUCUUCUAAUGAAUAUCGUAAGGUUUUGGAGGUGGGAUGUGGUAAUGGCAGUACUGCUCUACCUAUAUUACGGUAA